AUGGGGGACAGCUUCUUGCACCUCGGGGACAUCGUCUCCCUAUACGCGGAGGGCAGCGUAUCAGGGUUUCUCAGUACUUUGGGGUUGGUAGAUGACAGAUGCGUGGUCUGUCCUGAAGCCGGCGAUCUGACAGAUCCGCCCAAAAAGUUCCGAGAUUGCCUGUUCAAGAUAUGCCCUAUGAACCGGUACUCCGCGCAGAAACAGUUCUGGAACACCGCCAAGCAGUCGGCGAACGCCAACGCCGACACCGACACCGGACUGCUUAAGAGGUUACAUCAUGCCGCUGAAAUAGAGAAGAAGCAGAAUGAUCUGGAGAACAAGAAGUUGCUGGGGACUGUCGUGCAGUACGGCAGCGUCAUACAGCUACUGCAUGUCAAAUCCAACAAAUACCUUACCGUGAAUAAAAGACUACCCGCGCUUCUUGAGAAGAACGCGAUGCGGGUACACCUAGACGCUAACGGAAACGAGGGCUCGUGGUUUUAUGUAAUGCCUUUUUAUAAACUGCGAUCGACCGGAGACAAUGUGGUGGUAGGCGAUAAAGUGAUAAUGAACCCGGUAAAUGCGGGCCAACAAGUCCUACACGUGUCGUCCAACCACGAACUGCCGGACAACGUAGGCUGCAUGGAGGUGAACGUCGUGAAUUCAUCAACGUCAUGGAAGGUGACACUAUUUCUCGAACACAAGGAAAACCAGGAAGAGAUCCUAAAGGGUGGCGAUGUGGUGCGCCUAUUCCACGCUGAACAGGAGAAGUUCCUUACGAUGGACGAGUAUCAGAAGCGCCAACACGUGUUCUUACGUACCACGGGACGGUCUAGUGCGACCGCCGCUACCAGCAGCAAAGCGCUUUGGGAGAUUGAGGUGGUCCAACAUGACCCGUGCCGAGGCGGCGCUGGGCACUGGAACUCUAUCUUCAGGUUCAAGCACCUCGCCACCGGACACUACCUAGCCGCCGAGGCCUUUUCGUUUGUGGCAUGUGGCAGCGAGGCGGGGACAGCGGCGGCGUGCGAGGGCAGCGAGCCGGCGUACCAGCUGGUGUCGGUGCCGCACUCGUCGGAGAUCGCCACGCUGUUCGAGCUCGACCCCACCACCAUGACGCACUCCGACGCCGCCGUGCCGCAGAGCAGCUACGUCAGAUUACAGCACUUAUGCACACAUACAUGGGUACACUCAACAUCCAUACCGAUCGACAAGGAUGAGGAGAAACCGGUCAUGUCGAAGGUUGGAUGUUCAAUCGUAAAGGAGGACAAAGAGGCGUUCGCCUUAAUAUCUGUAUCACCCAGCGAAGUGAGAGACUUGGACUUCGCCAAUGACGCCUGCAAAGUGCUGUCGGCCUUGUCGACCAAACUUCAUCAUGGCAAUAUAGAGCAUAACGAGAUGAAGGCCCUCACCUGCCUUCUACAAGACAUCGUAUACUUCAUAGCGGGCUUCGAGAACGAGCCCAACAAGUCUAAGGCUCUGGACCUGGUGGUGGAGAAUCCCAACCGCGACCGACAGAAGCUACUGCGAGAGCAGUACAUAUUGCGACAACUUUUUAAGAUUUUACAGGGACCAUUCCAAGAAACACCGGAUGGGGAACCGUUUUUAAAGAUCGAGGAGCUGUACGAUCCGCGCUACGCGCCUUACAAAUGUAUCUUCCGGCUCUGCUACCGGAUACUGAGGCUCAGUCAGCAAGACUAUAGGAAAAAUCAAGAGUACAUAGCGAAACAUUUCGGCUUCAUGCAGAAGCAAAUCGGCUACGACAUCUUAGCCGAAGACACAAUAACAGCGCUGUUGCACAACAAUAGGAAGCUGCUGGAAAAGCACAUCACUGCUUCAGAGAUCGAGACUUUCGUAGGUCUAGUUCGCAAAAACAUGAAAACGUGGCAGUCACGAUUUUUGGAUUAUUUAAGCGACCUGUGCAUAUCGAACAAGAAGGCCAUCGCAGUCACGCAGGAGCUCAUCUGCAAGAGUGUGCUUUGUGCCAACAACGCUGACAUACUUAUCGAAACCAGGUUGGUUUCGACAAAAUACGAGAGCCAGUCCGAAGUUGACGAAACCGGGAACAAAUACACGGUCGAAGACGAGGUGAUGCUUUUAUGGAACAAUAAAAAGUGUUCCCGGCUGCUGUCUGAACUAGCAGCAGAGGCACGCUUGGAGCCCCGCAGCGAAGCGGCCGCAAUACUGGACUACUACCGUCAUCAACUCGAUCUCUUCUCCAACAUGUGUCUCAACAGGCAGUACUUGGCUCUCAACAGCUUAUCUUCACAGCUGCAUAUAGAUUUGAUUCUCAAGUGCAUGUCGAGCGCGUCGCUGUCGCAGGAGCUGCGCGCGUCGUUCUGCCGGCUCAUGCUGCACCUGCACGUGGACCGCGACCCGCAGGAGCCCGUCACGCCCGUCAAGUACGCGCGCCUCUGGAGCGACGUUAGCGACACCAUACACGUGCACGAGUCAGUACACAGUACACAGUACACACGCAUUUUGUUCUAUAUCAACUAUCUCUCAGCUGGCACAUCGUUCUGCCGGCUCAUGCUGCACCUGCACGUGGACCGCGACCCGCAGGAGCCCGUCACGCCCGUCAAGUACGCGCGCCUCUGGAGCGACGUUAGCGACACCAUACACGUGCACGAGUCAGUACACAGUACACAGUACACACGCAUUUUGUUCUAUAUCAACUAUCUCUCAGCUGGCACAUCGUUCUGCCGGCUCAUGCUGCACCUGCACGUGGACCGCGACCCGCAGGAGCCCGUCACGCCCGUCAAGUACGCGCGCCUCUGGAGCGACGUUAGCGACACCAUACACGUGCACGAGUCAGUACACAGUACACAGUACACACGCAUUUUGUUCUAUAUCAACUAUCUCUCAGCUGGCACAUCGUUCUGCCGGCUCAUGCUGCACCUGCACGUGGACCGCGACCCGCAGGAGCCCGUCACGCCCGUCAAGUACGCGCGCCUCUGGAGCGACGUUAGCGACACCAUACACGUGCACGAGUCAGUACACAGUACACAGUACACACGCAUUUUGUUCUAUAUCAACUAUCUCUCAGCUGGCACAUCGUUCUGCCGGCUCAUGCUGCACCUGCACGUGGACCGCGACCCGCAGGAGCCCGUCACGCCCGUCAAGUACGCGCGCCUCUGGAGCGACGUUAGCGACACCAUACACGUGCACGAGUCAGUACACAGUACACAGUACACACGCAUUUUGUUCUAUAUCAACUAUCUCUCAGCUGGCACAUCGUUCUGCCGGCUCAUGCUGCACCUGCACGUGGACCGCGACCCGCAGGAGCCCGUCACGCCCGUCAAGUACGCGCGCCUCUGGAGCGACGUUAGCGACACCAUACACGUGCACGAGUCAGUACACAGUACACAGUACACACGCAUUUUGUUCUAUAUCAACUAUCUCUCAGCUGGCACAUCGUUCUGCCGGCUCAUGCUGCACCUGCACGUGGACCGCGACCCGCAGGAGCCCGUCACGCCCGUCAAGUACGCGCGCCUCUGGAGCGACGUUAGCGACACCAUACACGUGCACGAGUCAGUACACAGUACACAGUACACACGCAUUUUGUUCUAUAUCAACUAUCUCUCAGCUGGCACAUCGUUCUGCCGGCUCAUGCUGCACCUGCACGUGGACCGCGACCCGCAGGAGCCCGUCACGCCCGUCAAGUACGCGCGCCUCUGGAGCGACGUUAGCGACACCAUACACGUGCACGAGUCAGUACACAGUACACAGUACACACGCAUUUUGUUCUAUAUCAACUAUCUCUCAGCUGGCACAUCGUUCUGCCGGCUCAUGCUGCACCUGCACGUGGACCGCGACCCGCAGGAGCCCGUCACGCCCGUCAAGUACGCGCGCCUCUGGAGCGACGUUAGCGACACCAUACACGUGCACGAGUCAGUACACAGUACACAGUACACACGCAUUUUGUUCUAUAUCAACUAUCUCUCAGCUGGCACAUCGUUCUGCCGGCUCAUGCUGCACCUGCACGUGGACCGCGACCCGCAGGAGCCCGUCACGCCCGUCAAGUACGCGCGCCUCUGGAGCGACGUUAGCGACACCAUACACGUGCACGAUUACCAAUGUGUGAAAGGCGGUCCAGACGCGAAUCGUGAAAAAGUGAAGGAGCAGUUCGCAUCCACCAUCCGCUUCGUAGAGGACUACUUGUGCAAAGUGGUCACCAGCACGUGGUAUUUUAGCGAUCACGACCAGAACAAGCUCACAUUCGAAGUGGUUAAGUUAGCCAGAGAGCUCAUAUAUUUUGGAUUCUAUAGCUUCAGUGAUCUGCUUCGAUUGACGAAGACGCUCCUAAGCAUCUUGGACUGCGUUACCGCCAUGGACCUGAUCAACGAGACCAGCGCCCUCUCCGGAGAAGUCGAGUCUGAAGGUGGCGUUUUGCGCACCAUUGGUGAUAUGGGUGCAGUUAUGACGUCCAUCACGCUAGGCUCCGUGGCGCGGAAUGUGGUAGGCAGUGGGCGCGGCGUGCAAAGCAGUCCUUCCGCGCUCGCGCUGGCCCGCAAGCACCCGCUCGUCAUGGACACCAAGCUCAAGAUCAUCGAGAUAUUGCAGUUUAUCCUGGACGUACGACUAGACUAUCGCAUCAGCUGCCUGCUUUCAAUUUUUAAGAAGGAAUUCGAGCAAGCUGGUGAAAGGCAAGCUGACAGCCUUGGACGAGCUGACGUGGAAGCCAUUGGGCUACAAGCGGAAGGGAUAUUCAGCUGUCGAGCGAUACAGACUGUGCCUGACAACUGCCUUCCAAAAAAUGUAGAUUUGGACGGAUUGGACCUCGACGAGUGCGGCGGUCGUAUGGUCCUGCGAGUUCUGUUACAACUUUGCUCUCAAGGGGCUUCGGCUGCCCUGGUGUCUGGAGCUUUAGCCCUUCUCUUUCGACACUUCAGUCAGAGGCAGGAGGUGCUUGCAGCUUUUAAACAAGUGCAACUGCUGGUAUCGGACGCAGACGUAGAGUCGUACAAACAAAUCAAAGCAGACCUGGAUGUGUUGCGGCAAAGCGUGGAGAAGUCCGAGCUGUGGGUGUUCAACAAGGGCCGCGCUGGCGCACUCGAUGAUCAUAGCGACAUAAAGGGCACCCUUGGACCCGGAGGAGCAGUCUUAGAACGGAACGCGUCACUCGAUAACGUUUUAGAUACGUCGAGGACCACCAAGUACGACCAUAUGAACGAGUACAAUAAGAUCAAAGAGAUCCUGGAGCGCAUGAUCAAGUAUUGCACUCAAGGAAACAGUGGGGCGGGCGAAGCGAGUGGAACCGGCAAGCCACGACGCCACGAGCAACGCUUACUGCGCAAUAUUGGAGUGCACAACAUCGUGCUUGACCUUUUGCAGGUACCCCACGACGAAGACGAUGCAGCGAUGGACGAGCUGCUAGCCCUGGCGCACGAGUUUCUGCAGCGUUUCUGUCAUGGCAACCAACAGAACCAGGCCAUACUGCACAAGCACCUCGACCUUUUUCUCAACGCUGGAAUCCGCGAGGCGCAGACCGUGUGCGCUAUUUUCGAGGACAACCCUGCGUUGUGCGCACACGAGGGCAACGAGAAAGUGGCCGCACACUUCGUGCACUGCAUCGAGACGCGCGGCCGCCGCCCCGCCUACCUGCAGUUCCUGCGCACUAUCGUGCGCGCAGCAGGCCAGCACAUCCGCCGCAGCCAGGACCUCGUCAUGCAGGAGAUGGUAAACGCGGGUGAAGACGUACUAGUAUUUUACAACGACAAAGUUUCAUUCAACUACUUCAUACAAAUGAUGCGUCAGUACAAGCAAACGAAUGAGAUGCCUGAAGCUUUAAGGUACCACAUACAACUCGUUAAGUUACUGACGUGCUGUACAUUAGGCAAGAACGUGUACACGGAGAUUAAGUGCCACAGCCUUCUACCGCUAGACGACAUCGUGGCAAUGAUCACGCAUCCUGACUGCAUACCAGAGGUGAAGGAAGCGUACGUUGGUUUCUUGAACCACUGCUACAUUGAUACGGAGGUAGAGAUGAAGGAGAUCUACUCCAGCAACUACAUGUGGGACCUGUUCGAGCGCUCCUUCCUGCAGGACAUGCAGGCGAUACUGCAGAGCGACGGCGCCGCGCACUCCGCGCCUAGUACGUCGAGCGAGGACGCAUCCUCGCCGCAGAGGAGUUCGGCGGGCAGCGCGCAGCGCGCCUGGGUCAACUACGUGACCGACGUGCUCGUGCACACCAUCUGCACCUUCUUCAACUCGCCCUUCAGCGACCAGAGCACCACCGUGCAGACGCGGCAGUCGAUCUUCGUGAAGCUGCUGCAGACCACGUUCCGCAUCUACCAGUGCCCUUGGCUCACUCCGCCGCAGAAGCUCAACGUCGAGAAGUGCAUACGGACACUCAGCGAAGUUGCCAAAAGCCGUAGUAUAGCAAUACCAUUGGAGUUAGAAGCGAAGAUACAAACGGUGUUUGAAAAGGCGGCCGCACUCUCCAGACAGACCAGCAAAUGGCUGCUUGCGUCCAAGACUUCGAAGCUGGAGAAGAUGGCUUCACAGUCGCAUUUGCAGAACGAGCGGUCGGUGAUGGAGGGGCUGCAGGAGAUCGUGUCGCUGCUGGAGGAGCAGCUGCAGCCGCUGCUGCAGGCCGAGCAGUCGCUGCUGGUGGACAUCCUGUACCGGCCGCACCGCCUCUUCACGCAGCCCGGACACCUGGCCAGACCCGACACCAGCGGCAUCUUCAUAGCCAGGUUAAUACGACACACCGAAAAACUACUUGAAGAGAAAGAGGAAAAGUUGUGCGUGAAGGUUUUGCGCACUCUCCGGGAGAUGAUGGCCGUGGAUCCGGAAUACGGCGAAAAGGGCAACCAGCUUCGCAACAAACUACUCUCUCAGUACUUCGUGAACCGCAAAUCGGAGCCGAAGAUCCAGCCGCCGCAGCCCUCGCUCGCCGUUACACACGGGCCCGGCGCGAAGGUGCUGCUGCGCACGGGGCAGACGCUGGCGGCGGUGCAGGCGCACCUGGACCGCGAGGGCGCGUCCGACCUGGUGGUGGAGCUGGUCAUCAACAGCACCAACCGCCCCGCCAUAUUCCUCGAGGCCAUACAACUCGGCAUCGCUCUUCUGGAAGGUGGAAAUCCUAUUAUACAACACAGCAUAUUCACAAAAUUACAAAACGGCGAGAUAUCUCAAGCGUUCUUAAAGGUAUUCUACGACAAGAUGCGUGAAGCGCAGCAGGAGAUCCGCUCGUUGGCAACCAGCACAACGGCCACCAGUGGGACGGACAAACGCUCGAGCAUAGCCGAUAAACACAAACCCGCCACCACAGAGGGAAAAGUAGCCCCAGGUCCGAUAGUGGUCGGCGAGGACAUGGACGACGAGGUGACCAACGCUUGCAACGCCGUAGUCCACGCAUACUCUGACAUACACACCAUGUCUCAUGGUACCACGGUGCUGGAGGAGAUAAUGUCGGAGAAGAAGCGAGAGACGGGCAACGCGGACGUUCUGCCUGCGAAGGUAGCCGUAAUGCGCCCCAUACUGCGCUUCCUGCAGCUGCUCUGCGAGAACCACAACCCGGAACUGCAGAACCUACUUCGCAACCAAAACAACAAAUCUAACUACAACCUGGUGUCGGAGACCCUAAUGUUCUUGGACUGCAUCUGUGGGUCGACGACGGGUGGGCUGGGGCUGCUCGGGCUGUACAUCAACGAGGGCAACGUGGCGCUCAUCAACCAGACGCUUGAAACCCUCACCGAGUAUUGCCAAGGCCCAUGCCACGAGAACCAAAACUGCAUAGCUACACACGAAAGCAACGGCCUUGACAUAAUAACGGCGCUGAUUUUGAACGAUAUCAACCCUCUUGGCAAGACACGCAUGGACCUGGUGCUCGAGCUAAAGAACAACGCCUCCAAGCUCCUGCUUGCCAUCAUGGAAUCACGCAACGACUCUGAGAACAACGCCGAACGAAUAUUGUACAAUAUGAACCCUGAGCAGCUGGUUGAUGUUGCGUGCUCAGCCUUCAAUCAGGAACAUGCGAUGGACACGGAAUCUGAUUCGGAAGAUGAAACUCCCGUACAGGGCGUGUCUCCGAAAGAAGUGGGCCACAACAUCUACAUCCUGUGCCACCAGCUGGCCGGGCACAACAAGGAGCUGGCGGCGCUGGUGCGCGCGUCGCCCGCCGCGCCCGCCGCGGCCGCCGGCACCAACGCGCCCGCGCUGCGCUACUACCGCACGCACACCGCGCAGAUCGAGAUAGUGCGCACGGACCGCAGCAUGGAGCAGAUCGUGUUCCCGAUCCCGGAGAUCUGCGAGUACCUGCCGGCGGACAGCAAGCACCGCGUGCUGCAAAGCGCCGAGCGGGAUGACCAGGGCAGCAAGGUUGCCGAUUUCUUCUCCCGCCUCGACAACCUCUUCCACGAAAUGAAGUGGCAGAAAAAGCUACGUGGGCAACCUUUUCUGUUCUGGGUGUCGUCCUACAUGUCGCUAUGGAGCAACAUAUUGUUCAACUUUGCUGUUCUUAUUAACGUCAUCGUUGCUUUCUUUUACCCGUUUCAAGAAGAAAAUCCAAAGCUGGGCGCGCACCUGUCGCUGGUGGUGUGGUGCGUGUCGCUGUGCGCGGGCGCGCUGGUGACUUGGUUGCCGCGCUCGUCGGGCGCGCGUGCAUUACUCGCCAGUGCCAUCGUGCGGCUCAUCUUCUCCGCCGGGCCUGAGCCCACGCUUUGGACGCUCGGCAUGCUUACCGUCAUAGUGAAGGGCAUCCACCUGGUCAGCAUUAUGGGCAACCAAGGCACGUUGUCCAAGUCGACGCGAUACGUAAUAACCGACCCCGAGCUACUCUACCACAGCGUUUACCUCGGAUUCUGCUUCCUCGGCAUCUGCUGCCAUCCAUUCUUCUUCUCUGUGCUUCUGCUAGACAUCGUGUACCGCGAAGAGACGUUGUUGAACGUGAUGCGAUCAGUGACACGCAACGGGCGGUCCAUCCUCCUGACGGCCGUACUGGCGCUGGUGCUGGUCUACAUGUUCUCCAUCGUAGGCUACAUGUUCUUCCGUGACCACUUCCUCGUCAACGUCGACCGCCUCGAUGACGACGACGACCCGCGCUUCGAGGAGCGGUGCAAUAGCGACUCGGCCGCGAAGUACCAGCGGGCGGCGCGCUUCGUGUCCGUGGGCGGCGCGCUGCGGGAGCGCAGCUGCGACUCGCUCAUGAUGUGCAUCGUCACCACGCUCAACCAGGGGCUGCGGAACGGCGGCGGCAUCGGCGACAUACUGCGCGCCCCCGCCAGCUUCGUACGUACACACACGCACACGCACGCUGCGACACGCAGCUGCGACUCGCUCAUGAUGUGCAUCGUCACCACGCUCAACCAGGGGCUGCGGAACGGCGGCGGCAUCGGCGACAUACUGCGCGCCCCCGCCAGCUUCGUACGUACACACACGCACACGCACACGCACGCUGCGACACGCAGCUGCGACUCGCUCAUGAUGUGCAUCGUCACCACGCUCAACCAGGGGCUGCGGAACGGCGGCGGCAUCGGCGACAUACUGCGCGCCCCCGCCAGCUUCGUACGUACACACACGCACACGCACACGCACGCUGCGACACGCAGCUGCGACUCGCUCAUGAUGUGCAUCGUCACCACGCUCAACCAGGGGCUGCGGAACGGCGGCGGCAUCGGCGACAUACUGCGCGCCCCCGCCAGCUUCGUACGUACACACACGCACACGCACACGCACGCUGCGACACGCAGCUGCGACUCGCUCAUGAUGUGCAUCGUCACCACGCUCAACCAGGGGCUGCGGAACGGCGGCGGCAUCGGCGACGGCAUCGGCGACAUACUGCGCGCCCCCGCCAGCUUCGUACGUACACACACGCACACGCACGCUGCGACACGCAGCUGCGACUCGCUCAUGAUGUGCAUCGUCACCACGCUCAACCAGGGGCUGCGGAACGGCGGCGGCAUCGGCGACAUACUGCGCGCCCCCGCCAGCUUCGUACGUACACACACGCACACGCACACGCACGCUGCGACACGCAGCUGCGACUCGCUCAUGAUGUGCAUCGUCACCACGCUCAACCAGGGGCUGCGGAACGGCGGCGGCAUCGGCGACGGCAUCGGCGACAUACUGCGCGCCCCCGCCAGCUUCGUACGUACACACACGCACACGCACGCUGCGACACGCAGCUGCGACUCGCUCAUGAUGUGCAUCGUCACCACGCUCAACCAGGGGCUGCGGAACGGCGGCGGCAUCGGCGACAUACUGCGCGCCCCCGCCAGCUUCGUACGUACACACACGCACACGCACACGCACGCUGCGACACGCAGCUGCGACUCGCUCAUGAUGUGCAUCGUCACCACGCUCAACCAGGGGCUGCGGAACGGCGGCGGCAUCGGCGACGGCAUCGGCGACAUACUGCGCGCCCCCGCCAGCUUCGUACGUACACACACGCACACGCACGCUGCGACACGCAGCUGCGACUCGCUCAUGAUGUGCAUCGUCACCACGCUCAACCAGGGGCUGCGGAACGGCGGCGGCAUCGGCGACAUACUGCGCGCCCCCGCCAGCUUCGUACGUACACACACGCACACGCACACGCACGCUGCGACACGCAGCUGCGACUCGCUCAUGAUGUGCAUCGUCACCACGCUCAACCAGGGGCUGCGGAACGGCGGCGGCAUCGGCGACGGCAUCGGCGACAUACUGCGCGCCCCCGCCAGCUUCGUACGUACACACACGCACACGCACGCUGCGACACGCAGCUGCGACUCGCUCAUGAUGUGCAUCGUCACCACGCUCAACCAGGGGCUGCGGAACGGCGGCGGCAUCGGCGACGGCAUCGGCGACAUACUGCGCGCCCCCGCCAGCUUCGUACGUACACACACGCACACGCACGCUGCGACACGCAGCUGCGACUCGCUCAUGAUGUGCAUCGUCACCACGCUCAACCAGGGGCUGCGGAACGGCGGCGGCAUCGGCGACGGCAUCGGCGACAUACUGCGCGCCCCCGCCAGCUUCGUACGUACACACACGCACACGCACGCUGCGACACGCAGCUGCGACUCGCUCAUGAUGUGCAUCGUCACCACGCUCAACCAGGGGCUGCGGAACGGCGGCGGCAUCGGCGACAUACUGCGCGCCCCCGCCAGCUUCGUACGUACACACACGCACACGCACGCUGCGACACGCAGCUGCGACUCGCUCAUGAUGUGCAUCGUCACCACGCUCAACCAGGGGCUGCGGAACGGCGGCGGCAUCGGCGACAUACUGCGCGCCCCCGCCAGCUUCGUACGUACACACACGCACACGCACGCUGCGACACGCAGCUGCGACUCGCUCAUGAUGUGCAUCGUCACCACGCUCAACCAGGGGCUGCGGAACGGCGGCGGCAUCGGCGACAUACUGCGCGCCCCCGCCAGCUUCGUACGUACACACACGCACACGCACGCUGCGACACGCAGCUGCGACUCGCUCAUGAUGUGCAUCGUCACCACGCUCAACCAGGGGCUGCGGAACGGCGGCGGCAUCGGCGACAUACUGCGCGCCCCCGCCAGCUUCGUACGUACACACACGCACACGCACGCUGCGACACGCAGCUGCGACUCGCUCAUGAUGUGCAUCGUCACCACGCUCAACCAGGGGCUGCGGAACGGCGGCGGCAUCGGCGACAUACUGCGCGCCCCCGCCAGCUUCGUACGUACACACACGCACACGCACACGCACGCUGCGACACGCAGCUGCGACUCGCUCAUGAUGUGCAUCGUCACCACGCUCAACCAGGGGCUGCGGAACGGCGGCGGCAUCGGCGACGGCAUCGGCGACAUACUGCGCGCCCCCGCCAGCUUCGUACGUACACACACGCACACGCACGCUGCGACACGCAGCUGCGACUCGCUCAUGAUGUGCAUCGUCACCACGCUCAACCAGGGGCUGCGGAACGGCGGCGGCAUCGGCGACAUACUGCGCGCCCCCGCCAGCUUCGUACGUACACACACGCACACGCACGCUGCGACACGCAGCUGCGACUCGCUCAUGAUGUGCAUCGUCACCACGCUCAACCAGGGGCUGCGGAACGGCGGCGGCAUCGGCGACGGCAUCGGCGACAUACUGCGCGCCCCCGCCAGCUUCGUACGUACACACACGCACACGCACGCUGCGACACGCAGCUGCGACUCGCUCAUGAUGUGCAUCGUCACCACGCUCAACCAGGGGCUGCGGAACGGCGGCGGCAUCGGCGAUAUACUGCGCGCCCCCGCCAGCUUCGUACGUACACACACGCACACGCACGCUGCGACACGCAGCUGCGACUCGCUCAUGAUGUGCAUCGUCACCACGCUCAACCAGGGGCUGCGGAACGGCGGCGGCAUCGGCGACAUACUGCGCGCCCCCGCCAGCUUCGUACGUACACACACGCACACGCACGCUGCGACACGCAGCUGCGACUCGCUCAUGAUGUGCAUUGUCACCACGCUCAACCAGGGGCUGCGGAACGGCGGCGGCAUCGGCGACAUACUGCGCGCCCCCGCCAGCUUCGUACGUACACACACGCACACGCACGCUGCGACACGCAGCUGCGACUCGCUCAUGAUGUGCAUCGUCACCACGCUCAACCAGGGGCUGCGGAACGGCGGCGGCAUCGGCGACAUACUGCGCGCCCCCGCCAGCUUCGUACGUACACACACGCACACGCACGCUGCGACACGCAGCUGCGACUCGCUCAUGAUGUGCAUCGUCACCACGCUCAACCAGGGGCUGCGGAACGGCGGCGGCAUCGGCGACAUACUGCGCGCCCCCGCCAGCUUCGUACGUACACACACGCACACGCACGCUGCGACACGCAGCUGCGACUCGCUCAUGAUGUGCAUCGUCACCACGCUCAACCAGGGGCUGCGGAACGGCGGCGGCAUCGGCGACAUACUGCGCGCCCCCGCCAGCUUCGUACGUACACACACGCACACGCACGCUGCGACACGCAGCUGCGACUCGCUCAUGAUGUGCAUCGUCACCACGCUCAACCAGGGGCUGCGGAACGGCGGCGGCAUCGGCGACGGCAUCGGCGACAUACUGCGCGCCCCCGCCAGCUUCGUACGUACACACACGCACACGCACGCUGCGACACGCAGCUGCGACUCGCUCAUGAUGUGCAUCGUCACCACGCUCAACCAGGGGCUGCGGAACGGCGGCGGCAUCGGCGACAUACUGCGCGCCCCCGCCAGCUUCGUACGUACACACACGCACACGCACGCUGCGACACGCAGCUGCGACUCGCUCAUGAUGUGCAUCGUCACCACGCUCAACCAGGGGCUGCGGAACGGCGGCGGCAUCGGCGACGGCAUCGGCGACAUACUGCGCGCCCCCGCCAGCUUCGUACGUACACACACGCACACGCACGCUGCGACACGCAGCUGCGACUCGCUCAUGAUGUGCAUCGUCACCACGCUCAACCAGGGGCUGCGGAACGGCGGCGGCAUCGGCGAUAUACUGCGCGCCCCCGCCAGCUUCGUACGUACACACACGCACACGCACGCUGCGACACGCAGCUGCGACUCGCUCAUGAUGUGCAUCGUCACCACGCUCAACCAGGGGCUGCGGAACGGCGGCGGCAUCGGCGACAUACUGCGCGCCCCCGCCAGCUUCGUACGUACACACACGCACACGCACGCUGCGACACGCAGCUGCGACUCGCUCAUGAUGUGCAUUGUCACCACGCUCAACCAGGGGCUGCGGAACGGCGGCGGCAUCGGCGACAUACUGCGCGCCCCCGCCAGCUUCGUACGUACACACACGCACACGCACGCUGCGACACGCAGCUGCGACUCGCUCAUGAUGUGCAUCGUCACCACGCUCAACCAGGGGCUGCGGAACGGCGGCGGCAUCGGCGACAUACUGCGCGCCCCCGCCAGCUUCGUACGUACACACACGCACACGCACGCUGCGACACGCAGCUGCGACUCGCUCAUGAUGUGCAUCGUCACCACGCUCAACCAGGGGCUGCGGAACGGCGGCGGCAUCGGCGACAUACUGCGCGCCCCCGCCAGCUUCGUACGUACACACACGCACACGCACGCUGCGACACGCAGCUGCGACUCGCUCAUGAUGUGCAUCGUCACCACGCUCAACCAGGGGCUGCGGAACGGCGGCGGCAUCGGCGACAUACUGCGCGCCCCCGCCAGCUUCGUACGUACACACACGCACACGCACGCUGCGACACGCAGCUGCGACUCGCUCAUGAUGUAA